AUGCUUCCCAGUGGCAGCUACAGUUACACUCACAGUCAAACUUCAAGAGAAUUAAGGCAUCAAAUCCUCCUCCAACAACACAUUUAUUCUCCAAGUAAGCUCCUUUCUCUUCAUUCUCCUAAGGUUUUUCUAGGGUUUAAUAACAACCAUCUUAAAAAUCACAACUUUUCAAGAAAAAAACACUGCCCUUUACCCAAUAAUUCUUUACUUGGUGAUAAAAAAGUUGUAUAUUCACAAACCCAGAAGCAAAGAAGUAAAGAAAGUAGGGUUUCGUUAGGGUUUAAGCUUCAGUGUCACUCAAAGUCUCUAAAUUUACCAACAAAGGGUUUUUCAGUGAAUGGAAAAAAGAAGAAGUAUGGAGGUAUUUUGCCUUCAAUUUUAAGGUCUUUGGAGUCUAAUAAUGAUGUUGAGAAAACCCUUUAUUCGUUUUGUGAGAAUUUGAGUCCUAAAGAACAGACUGUGGUUCUCAAAGAGCAGAGGAAUUGGGAGAGAGUUGUUAGGGUUUUUGAGUUCUUUAAGUCGCAGAAGGAUUAUGUUCCGAACGUGAUUCAUUAUAAUAUCGUGCUUCGAGCUUUGGGUAGAGCUCAGAGAUGGGAUGAAUUGAGGCUUCGUUGGAUUGAUAUGGUGAAAAGUGGUGUUUUGGCGACGAAUAAUACUUAUGGAAUGCUUGUUGAUGUGUAUGCGAAAGCAGGUCUUGUUGUUGAAGCCCUUUUGUGGAUUAAACAUAUGAGACUUAGAGGGUUAUUUCCAGAUGAGGUUACAAUGAAUACUGUUCUAAAGGUUUUGAAGGAUGCAGGGGAGUUUGAUAAGGCAGAGAGGUUCUAUAAGGACUGGUGUGCUGGCAGGGUUGAGUUGGAUGGUCUUGAAUUGGAUCCUAUGGUUGAUUCUAAAAAUGGGUCUCGAUCUGAACCAGUUAGUUUUAAGCAUUUUUUGUUAACUGAGCUUUUCAAAACAGGAGGGAGAAUGAAAAUCGGGGGUUCAUCAGAUGAAGAAACAUUGGCUAGGAAGCCACGUCUAACCUCUACGUAUAAUACAUUGAUUGAUUUGUAUGGGAAGGCAGGACGUCUCAAGGAUGCAGCUGAAGUCUUUUCAGAAAUGUUGAAAUCUGGUGUGGCAAUGGAUACUAUCACUUUCAAUACUAUGAUCUUUACUUGUGGAAGUCAUGGACUUCUGUCAGAAGCAGAGUCUUUGCUCGAUAAGAUGGAAGAAAGACAAAUAUCUCCUGAUACAAGAACUUAUAAUAUCUUUUUAUAUUUAUAUGCUGAUGCAGGAAAUAUUAAUGCAGCCGUUGAGUGUUAUUGGAGGAUUAGAAAGGUGGGUCUUGUUCCUGAUAAUGUAUCUCGUCGAACUAUACUUCAUAUACUAUGUGAAAGGAAUAUGGUAAGGGAAGUGGAGACUGUAAUUGAAGAGAUGGAGAAGUCGUCUCAGCAAAUUGAUGAGCAUUCUGUUCCUGGUAUUGUUAAGAUGUAUAUUAAUGAAGGUUUGCAUGAUAGAGCAAAAAAACUUUUAGACAAGUGCCAGUUUGGUGUUGGAUUCUCAUCAAAGGUUCGUGCUGCAAUUAUCGACGCUUAUGCUGAAAGGGGGCUUUGGGCUGAAGCAGAGGCUGUCUUUUAUGGCAAAAGGGAUUUGCUGGGACAGAAGAAAGACGUUUUGGAAUAUAAUGUCAUGGUCAAAGCUUAUGGUAAGGCAAAGCUUUAUGAUAAAGCCUUUUCCCUCUUUAAGGGCAUGAGAAAUCAUGGGACUUGGCCUGAUGAGGGAACAUAUAAUUCUCUUAUCCAAAUGUUCUCUGGCGGUGAUUUAGUGGAUCAAGCAAGGGACCUCUUAGAUGAAAUGCAAGGAGCGGGGUUUAAACCGCAAUGUCUAACCUUCUCUGCUGUUAUUGCAUGCCAUGCCCGUCUGGGCCAGCUUUCUGAUGCAGUUGAUGUUUUUCAAGAAAUGGUAAAGACAGGAGUAAAACCUAAUGAAGUUGUUUAUGGAUCUUUAAUCAAUGGAUUUGCGGAAGUUGGAAAAGUGGAAGAAGCUCUGAAAUACUUUCAACUGAUGGAAGAAAGUGGGAUUCCUGCAAAUCAGAUAGUGCUGACUUCCCUGAUCAAGGUAUAUAGUAAGCUGGGAUGCUUUGACGGAGCAAAACAUUUGUACAAGAAGAUGAAUGAUUUGGAGGGUGGACCUGAUAUUAUUGCAUCAAAUAGUAUGAUCAGUCUUUAUGCAGACCUUGGAAUGGUAUCUGAAGCUGAAUUGGUUUUCAAAAAUUUGAGAGAAAACGGUCAGGCUGAUGGGGUUUCCUUUGCAACCAUGAUGUAUCUGUACAAGAGCAUGGGCAUGCUUGAUGAAGCCAUUGAUAUUGCAGAGGAAAUGAAGCAGUCAGGAUUACUGAGGGACUGUGUGUCAUAUAAUAAGGUAAUGGCAUGCUAUGCCACCAAUGGUCAGCUACGUGAGUGCGCUGAUUUGUUGCAUGAUAUGGUUGGCCAGAAAUUGUUGCCUGAUGGUGGAACCUUUAAAAUGUUAUUCACUGUGUUGAAGAAAGGAGGCUUUCCAACUGAAGCCAUAACACAGCUAGAGUCAGCAUAUCUGGAAGGAAAACCUUAUGCUAGACAAGCAAUCAUUACCUCUGUUUUCUCUGUAGUGGGUCUGCAUGCUUUAGCGCUCGAGUCCAGUGAGUCUUUCACAAAAGCAGAAGUAGCUCUUGAUUCCUUCGCCUACAAUGUUGCUAUAUAUGCUUAUGGGUCAUCAGGGGAGAUUGAUAAAGCUUUGAAAACUUUCAUGAAAAUGCAAGAUGAAGGCCUUGAACCAGACCUUGUUACUUAUAUUAAUCUGGUUCACUGUUAUGGAAAAGCUGGUAUGGUUCAAGGUGUGAAGAGGAUUUAUAAUCAAUUAAAAUAUGGAGAGAUCAAGCCCAAUGAUUCUCUAGUCAAGGCUAUUGUGGAUGCCUAUAAAAGUGCUAACAGGCAUGAUCUUGCUGAAUUAGUUAACCAAGACAUAAGAUUUGGUUUUGAUUCACAACAAUAUUCUGAUUCUGAAACUGAAGUCUGA